CUGUGUGGACACAUGCGUUGAGUGUCUUGCCGUUUGUGUGUGUGUUGCCGGUUUGCUUGAAGUGUUGGAGAGUCCGUCAUAGGAUGUUUACACUUUGAAGAGCAUUCACUGCCUGAAUAGUGAAGAUGCUCAAGUUCAUCACAAAGAAGUCCCAGCACGUCAGUGCGGAGCGGCUCAAGGUGCAACGGGAGCUGUUUGCCUUCAACAAGACUGCCUGCCAUGGAUUUCCUCACUGCCCUACAGCGCUGGCCUGGGACCCAUUCCUGGAGCUUUUUGCCAUUGGGACCAAGACAGGGUCACUCAGAGUAUAUGGCGCCCCCGGUGUCGAGUAUGUGGUUGAACACGAUGCCAGCAGCCCCGUGAUAGAGCUGCACUUUGUGCCUAAGCAGGGACGGCUGAUCACCCUUCUGGAGAACAACACACUCCACCUGUGGGAGAUCAACAUGAAGGGUGGUGAGGACUCUGUACUUGAGCAUGUCGAGUCCUGCACCGUGGACUCCAAGCUUCGCAUCUUCACCUGUUCCGUCCAGUCCUCCGGAGAUCACCUGUACCUGGGUACCGAAGGAGGCGACAUCCACUUGCUGGACAUCAAGUCAUUCCAGAUGACUGACACCAUCAUCUACCAAGAUCUCGUAACUCAGAAUGUUCCUGAAGACUACAAGAUCAACCCUGGCGGUGUGGAGGCAAUCGCAGAGCACCCUUCGGACCCAAACAAGAUGGUCAUCGGCUAUUCAAGAGGCCUUAUGGUGCUGUGGGAUAACGAGUCGCUCAAUGCCGACCAGACUUACAUCUGCAACAAGGAUCUCCACUCAGUGGCGUGGCAUGGAAGUGGCACCAAAUUCAUGAGCGCCCACAAUGACUGCAGCUAUUUCGUUUGGAGUGUCAACAGCUCUAAGGCCAUUGAAUCUGUGGAACAGUGUUAUGGUCCCUACCCAUGCAAAGCCAUCAACAAGAUCCUGUGGAAGCGGACCACUGGGAAGGAUGACUUCAUCAUCUUCUCGGGUGGCAUGCCACGAGCCAACUAUGGUGAUCGACACACAGUCUCGGUGAAGCAUGGGGAGACUUCCAAAGUGCUGGAUCUCACUUCCAAAGUGGUCGAUUUCUUCAUCGUGGAUAAGGAGGCAGACGACCCCGAGACUGCUGAGCCUGUGGCCCUGGUGAUUUUGGCUGAGGAAGAGCUAGUGGUGGUGGACUUGUCUUCGGAUGACUGGCCCAGCUUUGCGCUGCCCUGCCUGUCGAGCCUGCACUCCUCGGCCAUCACAUGCACAAACCACUUCUGCAACGUGCCCCAGGACGUCUGGGACAAGCUUCUUGACAUGGGCCGCAAGCAGACGCUCCAGUGCUCAACAAAGCCCUGGCCACUGGUGGGUGGCCGUGUGACGGCUGAGAAGCCAAGUCAGCAUGACCUGCUGGUGACGGGCCACGAAGAUGGCUCCGUGCGCUUCUGGGAUGCCUCUGGGUCGUGCUUGCGGCAGCUACUGACUCUCAGAACAGCGCGCCUCUUUGGGGCAGGAGACGGCCCCUCGAGCUUCCAUGCUGCACAGGACGAGGAGGAGGAAGAGGAGUGGCUGCAUUUCCACAAAGUGGGCACAUUUGACCCGUACAGUGACGACCCCCGCCUGGCGGUGAAGAAGGUCCUCUUCUGCCUGCAAACAGGGCGCCUUGUGGUGGCCGGCACCGCAGGUCAAGUGGUCUGCUUCAGCUUCGAUCCGGAAGAGUCUGAAGCCACUCCUGAGGCCGUGCAGCUGAAUUUUGUGGGCGACCGUGACAGCUUUGUGUGGAAGGGCCACGAUGCCCUGCAAGUGAAGAACUGCGCCGCCAAGUCCGAGGCUGGCUUCCACCCGGACCUUGUGCUGCAGCUAGCGCCACCUGCUGGAGUCACUGCCCUGGCACUGCACUCCAAGUGGGGCCUUAUUGCCGCUGGAACAGCCCAUGGGUUUGGUGUCCUGGACUUUGUACAGAAGAAAGUGGUUGUCUCGAAGUGCACGCUGAACCCGCACGACCUGGCCGCAUCAGGCGAUAUGAUGUCCCGCCGGAAGUCCUUCAAGAAGUCCUUGCGUGAGUCAUUCCGUCGUCUGCGCAAGGGUCGUUCCCAGAGAGGCCGGAAGGACAAGUCCAUGACUAAAUCGCCAGAGAGCCGGAGGCCCAGGAGAGGGGAGGAAGAAGGCAGCAUGUCUUCUGCCAUGGCCAGCCCUGCUUCUCGGCACAACGAGUCUGCCAUCGACCCCGGCUCACCCCUGUCGGAGGCCAAACCUGUCGAGCGCCAGGUGGAAGCGCGUUCCACAGAUGAUGCCCUUUCGUCCAUGGUCCGAUGUCUCUGCUUCUCCAGCAGCUUCAUCCUUCACAAUGCAGCAACAACACCAACUCUCUGGGCCGGCACCAAUGCUGGUGCCAUCUUUGUUUACACCCUUGCUUUUCCCCCGAGCGACAAGCGGGACUCCGAUCCAGUUCAGUGCACCCUUGGCAAGGAGAUCCACCUGAAGCACAAGGCUCCAGUGAUAUCCAUCCACAUCAUUGAUGCCCGUGGCUACCCCAUAUCGGACCCGUUUGAGGAGGAGCCCAAGGGCCUGGUGCCGCCUCAGAGGGUGCUCAUCUGCUCCGAGGAGCAGCUGAAGGUGUUCACACUGCCAAGCUUGAAGCCAUUUGGGAAGCUAAAACUGACGGCGCACGAGGGAGCUCGGCUGCGCAAGUCGGCCAUAGCACGCUUCCCGAGCCGUAGCGACCCUGCUCGCGUUGAGUACUGCCUGGCGGUGCUCUCAAACUUGGGUGAGGUGGCUCUUCACUCACUUCCCGACCUGCGCCGCCAGAUGCUCGAGGGAUGCCUGCGCCGUGAGGACAUCAAUGGCAUCUGCAGCCUUGUGUUCACCAAGGACGGCGAAGGCUUCUACCUGAGCUCGCCGUGCGAGUUCGAGCGCUUCUCCCUGUCUGCCAAACGCCUUGUGGCCCCCCACUGCCAGGUGGACCUGCCUGAAGGUGUGCGGCCUCAACCCCCACAGCCCCAGGAACCCCAGGUGGGCAAGGAGGAAGAGGCAGCAACAGCAAAAGCUCCCGCAGCAUCGGCCGCCGAGGGAGGGGAACAGAAGGAAGCCAAUGACGAGGCUGCAACAACCAGUGAAGCCAAGUCCGAGGAAGCAAUAGAGUCGGCAGAGAAGAAGCCCGAGUUGUCCUCCUCUGCUGCCACAUCUCCGACAUCACCGAAGGAGGAGUUGUCGGAAGGCGGCGACGACGACAAAGGUGGUCUGGACUCCCCGCCGGACAGUGGCAUCAGCAGCCUGGUGAUCACCAAGAACGAGUCCAACUUCACCACCACCACAAGCACAGUGGGUGACCUGAAAUCCCUCGAGCUGGAAGACCUGCUGCCUGCUGACCACGAGGAACUGACUGAAAAGCUGCGCUCUGAGUGCAAGAUUGAGGUGGUUCGCGAGAAGCGCACCCUCGUCGUCGUUCGGGAGGAGACGCUCGUCAAUGGGAGCUCUCCUACAAAUUGAACCAGCCUUCAUCAGCUAGCACCCGCCGCUUGGAACCUUAUCGUAUUUCACACCAUGUGCAUUUGUUUUCAUUUAUUUUGUUUUUAUUCCUCUCCACAUAAUUGUUUUCACAUUGCAGCUAGUUCCUCUUAGCAACAGGCAUUUCUUUUUAUUUAAUUUCCCUGUUACUUGUUGGUCUCCUCAUUUUUUUAGCCAUUUCUUGCGCACCUUUUUUUUUUUCUUGUUCUUGGUUUAAGGAACAAAGCACAGUCCCACCACCCAACCACACCCACAUUAAUGCAUGUUAACCUGUGGCUGUGCAACUCUAGCAUGUGGGCGCGUGCAUGUCCAGCACUGUAGAAGAGGAAUAAGUUGUGAGAGAGAGUAGGAGUGAGGGGCAGCUGCGUUGUACAGUUGGCUGCGAAAGUUCGUGAAACGUGGGAUUCGCGACAAGAAGCCAAGUUAUCGCAAAACCUGGGCAACACAGCCUCGUGUCUAGCUGCCGCGUAAAUCCGUGUUGUGCUGCGGAAACUCGUGACCCGUAAACUUUCUUGGCCAACUGCGCAUCUUUGCAUUUUCUUCCCCCUCACCAGGGAAGGAUCACGAGGAAUGUUUCUGUUUUUACGCGUUUACUUUGCCGAUGAUUAUACCUCCUUCCCCCAUACUUUCCUAGGCACAUGCUUUGCCGCUACAUGACCGAGAGAGUCUCAAGAAAGCACAGAGGCGGGGGAGAAGAGCUUUUUCCUUGUUUUUACAGUCUGUGAAGUGCACGAUGUACUGCUUUCUUUUUUUUUUUUUGGUCACCAAAGAGUACACUGGUGACAUUGCUGGUUGGCUAAACUUGUGCAGUGGUACUUGGAUUGGGUGUUGGGUAUUCGGAGGCUCAGAAGGAAAAACAGACUUGGGAGCACUGGCAGCAGAACCACCAUUCGAACGAGCGACAGCCCUUGUCUUUGCACAUAGUGACGUGUACUUUUUGACUGUGAAUAAGACGAGGCAAUCCGUUGAUAACCUCUGCCUUCUUCCUAGGGUAGACUGCCAGGGCUGUGUUUUACCCUUGUUGAUGCUGAGCUGGCGAAAACAAUAUAGGUAUCUGGAAAAAAGGGUAUAUGCAGUUUAUGCGGGAAAAGGAGCAUGCAGCAGCACUGCUGUUUCACAUUUUGGUGUGCUAGGACUGCCAGGAUACUCGAACCGUGUCACCUUGAUUCAAUUGGGUACUGUCAGUAUUUCAUCAUUCCAAGUUUGGUGGUCAAUACUGCAAGCACCGUAAGUGCCUUUACCUCGGCACAAAUGCAGCAGCUCUCUGUGUUGUCGUGCUUUAGCAUGACAGGCACGAGUCUCAUUGAUGCAAAAAAGAUUCUUGCUUCGUGUUUCUCGAGGCCGCCUUUGUUGAGGCAUCUACGCGGGAAUAGAUCUCGGAGUAGUUUUUCCCACCUUGUAUAACUUGGUUACUGUGUGCACAACUCACUACCCUGCUUGUAACUUCUUUUGGGGAUAAAAGAAGCAUAAGCCAGACAUAUGAAAUUGCAGGUAGCAAAAUGAGGUAGCAGCUGAGGUAGGUCAGAUAAUAAGUGCUGGUCGAUUUUGAGCUCCAAAACAGCACUCUUCUUCCACUAACAGAAUUAUCCAGCCUGCCUUGACCACAGUCUCCCAUCAUUCGUUAGUUCGAACUGUGUUAUUUACAUUUCAUUCGUCUGCAGUAGUGUAUCUAACUGUUGUUCUAUUCGGUUGACAUGAUGGAGCGAGUGCUGCAAUGUUAUGUUUAAUCACGCAUUGUCAAGAGACGUUGGCACUACAUAGAGACAGGUACGUGCUAUGCGUUGAGGCCACAGAGCGAGGCUGUGCAAGCUGUUGCACAUUUUGUACUGCAGUUAUUGUUUCUUUGCUUUUAUUUAUUUGUGGGCCUCGUUUUUCUUGUUUCUCUGAUGGUGCCUUUGCGUCGUCGGCAUGCGCAAAAAGAGAUGAUAGGUUUCCGUGCGAACUUGGGUAUGUUGCAGCUUGCUGGAAUGCCGUCUACUUGUGUUCCGAGUGUCUUCUUUUUUUUUUUUUUUUUCAUUUGCACAGACGCAAUUAAAGCUGCAGCAUCCAACGCUACGCUGCUAGUAGGACAAGCAGCCCAGAUUUUAAAUUUUUUCUUUAUGGCCACGCCUAGUGCAACCCCCACACUUGUGUCAACUUAUACUAUAUUAUAUACUAGAAGGACCACAUAUUGCACUUUUAUUAGGUGCGUCGCCCCAUAGGGGCUGCUCAUGGCACGUUGUCUUUCUCUGGCCUUGUUUACACUCCUGUGUGCAUUCCUCAAUUUCUACUCAAAGUGACGGCGAAAAGAUUUCAUGUGGUUGUAUCUCACUGCGAGCACAGGGGGCAACUGUACUUUGUCUCGUCAAUUCUGUGCAGCAUACAGCCCAAGGCUUUAUGGGUCGUGUCAGCCAGUUGGUAUAGUGAAAGCCGAAUUGUGCGUUCCAGUAAAGGGAGAAGGAGGAAGGCUUGCCCAUUGCGCAAUACCAUGGCACUUCCAUAAAGCUCCCGUUGAGCCUUGGUUGUGCGAAGGGUGAGAGUGUAGGAGCCCUUCAUCUGGUUAUCUUUUCUGGUUGGUUGACACAUUCCGUAAUGUUUGCUUACACUGCGCGAACUUAGCGAGACUGGGAGCACAGGAGGUGCACUUCUUCACUUCGUUUUCCACCCCGUCUCUCUCGAAUCAUCGGAAACACUUCUUGUUUUUACUCUUUUUUUGUUUUGUAUAGGGGGUAAGGGGACAACAGACAAAUCAUCUCAUAAUCAAAAAGUGCCAUUUUUCAGCCUUCCAAAUAAAAAAAAAAAAUAUGGUAAAGUGGGGAGAGGAAAAAGGAGCACUUCUUGGCAGUUUUUUUUUUCUGUUUUACCUGGCUUUUCUUUUAUGAGCAAGUGGCGGUGUUUGCAUUUUUUUUAAAGAAAAGGUCUAUACAUACUAUAUAUAUAUAUAUAUUAACGUAUUUAAGGCUUUUUUUUUUUUAUUUCCUUGUCCUAUGUUUAUUGUGCUCGUCACCACAGGUCUUUUUCGCAUGUUUAUACAGGGCAGCUCUUUUGCUGCACGAGUGUGUGUUAUGAGGGCAGCAGCAGUUCAUAUGAGAAUUCUUCCACAGUAUGCCUCGAAUUAUGCCACGGAAAUGCCCAUAUUGGUGAUGGUGGUACCUACAACUGCUAUACUGCAGCAUGGUGUUUUUUUUGUAAUGCUGUAAGACUUUUUCAAGCUGUCUUUUUUUUUUAAUUUUACCGGGCCAUUUUCGAAAUAAAAUGUUUGAAAAUUGUAA